CUCCAAUCCCUGGCUCAAUGGCGGCUUGCUGCCGCUUACAAGCUGAAUUAUUUGCGCUCUUUUGAUUCUCCUCCUUGGAGGUUAUCCCCUAGAAAUCUCACCUGCGAGCUUCUUUUUCUAGCUAAUCCAGUCCGCUCGGUCUCUCUGCAAGCCCGCACGUCGGCUAUGGCGCAGGAUGAUCCGGUUGUUUCUGCUCAGUGGCUGCACCUGCACCUAGGAGCGCCUGACGUUAAGGUUUUGGAUGCUUCCUGGUACAUGCUGGUAGAGAACAGGGAUCCAUGGGAAGAAUACCAGGUGGCACAUAUCCCUGGUGCGUUGUUCUUCAACAUAGAUGGCAUAGUCGAUCAGAAAACUGACUUACCACACAUGUUGCCAUCAGAAGAGGCUUUUGCAGCAGCAGUUUCUGCGCUGGAUAUAAAAAACCAGGAUAAAGUUAUUGUUUAUGAUGGAAAAGGAUUCUUCAGUGCACCUCGUGUUUGGUGGAUGUUUAGAGUUUUUGGGCACAAUAAAGUUUGGGUGUUAGAUGGAGGUUUACCUCAGUGGCGAGCUUCAGGGUUUGAUCUUGGAAGUGCCAACCCUGAUGAUGCAGUUCUUAAAUCCAAAACUGCCAAUAAGGCUGUUGAAAGGGUUUAUAAUGGUGAACUGACAAAUACAAUCGCAUUCAAGACUGAAUUUCAGCCUCAUCUAUAUUGGACACUGGAAAAGGUCGUGCAUAAUGUUGCUGCUAAGAACUACCAACAAGUAGAUGCCAGAUCAAAGGGCAGAUUUGAUGGUGUAGCACCAGAACCACGGGAAGGAGUAAGAAGUGGACACAUACCAGGAAGCAAAUGUGUUCCGUUCCCAGAGAUGUUUGAUGGUGCACCAAGGCUUCUGUCCGCUGAAGAGCUGAGGCAAAAGUUUCAGCAAGCAGGAAUUUCUCUUGACCACCCUAUUGUUGUCAGUUGUGGAUCUGGCGUGACUGCCUGCAUACUUGCUCUGGGGCUCUAUAGAAUUGGGAAGCAUGAUGUUCCAGUUUAUGAUGGAUCUUGGACAGAAUGGGAAGCACAAUCAGAUUCUGAUUACCCAAUAGCUACCACUGCUGCUGCUUAAAAUCCCCAACUCUAAAGAGAUGCGAAACAGUCCAUCCAUCCUGGAGCAUUCAGUUUAGAAUGUCGGCAAAGAUGACAUUUCCAUGUUACAAGCUUUGCACUUAAACAAAGGCAAAGCUUAUAAGGGCAAGAAAUGCCCAAUAUGAUCUAUGUUGUCCUGUGACAGAAAGAGAUAAAGAGAACAUGAAGCAGGGACAGAAAGUGCACCCUUGCCCAUUCUUGUGACCCUAUUGUCAGCAUCAAACUUAUGGUUGACAUAUACUAGCGUCAUUGUAUUUACCAUACAGAUUAUCAUGCUCACGAUAUUGCAGCUAAAUGAGUUAAGCAUGGCAAAUUCUUGUUUUUGGAUCAUAAUAUGAUGAUUAAUGUAUGAGAGUUUCAACUCUCAUAGCAAUUUUUA